AUGGCUGUCGCCCAUCGUGCAUCGUCUAGGCGACGCCCCGCGACCCCGCCCGAUUCGCAUUCGACUCGCAACCCGCUGCUGCUGCCGUACCAUACGGUACGGCCUCCACCACCGAGCCCUCUCUCCCGCGCGACUUCUCCGCCCGUCCUGGCCUCUCGCUGUCCUACAUUCGCUGUUGCUGCUGCUGCUGCUGCCGCCGCCCGAGUCGCUCAAGUCGGCUGCCAGAACACCCGCCGCGCGCGCACGUACGAUGUGUGCUUUGAUCGCCAAGUCCUGACUGCGCGGUGCGGCGAGGGGCCCGCGGCGCACGCCGCCGCCGCCGCCGCCGUUUCCGCGGCGCGGCGCGACACACCCGCGAUGCCGGUGCCCGCGCACGCGCUACCCCACCCCCACAUCUCCACACUCCCCCCAGCCCUGCGACCUCCUUCCUCCUUCCUCCACUUUCUUUUCUUUUCCCUCCUCCCUUGUUUUCUUUCCCUCUUUCCUCCUCCCACUACCGCUUCUAGCCGCCCGAUGCCGCAAACUCGCGACCCCUCACCCCAUAUCAAUUCGACUCGCCUGACCUCUCCCUCGCACGCACACACGCACACACGCUCCCGUGUCGCCCCCGUCCGCGCACGAACCCCAGCCGCGGCCCCGGUCUGGCCUCCAUGGCCCUGCGGCGGCCACGCGCCUUGGGCGUUCUUCGUGGCCCUUGCUUCUUCCUGCGUCCUGCGCCCCGCCCGCCAACCUGCCUUCUCCUCUCGCCCUCCGCUUCCUCGUCUCGCUCGCUCCCCUCGCCUCUUCGAGCCUCUCCGAGCCUCUUUAAGCCUCUCCGCUCUGCGUGUCCGCUCACAUAAAUGCACGCGCGCGUCCCAGUCCCAGUCCCGGCGCCGGUGCGCGUGCCGACGCGCCCUUCUCCGCUUCACGCUCUCCACCGGCGGUCGUCGCAUCCAGCGGGUCCCCGCGGCGUCGCGCGCCCGCGUGCGGGUGUGCGCCGUGCACUGUCGCUCGUGCGGCGUGUCGUGUCAUUAUCGCGUCGUGUCGUGCCAUUAUCGUGUCGUGUCUUGUUCAUGCCGCGUCGUGUUCAUGCUGUGCCAUGCCGUGUCGUGCCGUGCCGUGCCGUACGUGCCUCGCCUCGCCUGUCCCUCCUACCCACCCACCGCCGUCACACGACAACAGGCCCCAUAUAAGUUAAAUACGACCCACGCGGAGACGGUACGGCAUACGCGACCACGAGCCGCUCUGCGACUCGUGCCGCGCUUGCUUGCUUGUUUGGGCUUCGACUUGUCCUCUCUGCAACAAAGUUAUGUAGCGUACACACACGUCCACACGCACGCACGCACGCACGCAAACGCACACCGCGAUCCAAAGAAACGGCCUCCACAAUCCGAUCUAGGCAUCGAAGAUCCUUCCACAAACAGAUCAGGACUGAACCGCAGGUCCGCACGCACGCCGCACGACGUUCAUCUCCGCGCGCGUCCACCCAACCGCGCAGCAUAG